AUGGCUAGAACUAGAACCUAUAACAACGUAUUUGUUCUGUACACUAACUUAAUGAUCUUCUUCAUUCCCAUUGUCAUCUCCCUCAGAAGCCUCACUCCAGACAAAUCCAUUAAAUAUAACGACUACCUAGAUUCCGAAACUGGAAAAUUCCAAGCAGGAUUCUCCAGCAUGGGAGAUUCACAAGAUAUAUACUUUUGUAUAUGGUACAAGAAUCCAAACCAAAGGACAAUUGUUUGGGUAGCCAAUAGAGAUAUACCACUGCAAAACUCAACAGGAGUAUUCAAACUCACUGAUACAGGAAAUCCCGUCAUAGUUGAUGGCUCAGGGAACAAUAUUUGGUUCUUGAAUGCAUCAGCAGUUGUAGAGAAUCCUUUUCUAUUGCUCUUGGACACCGGAAACAUUGUCGUACGAAACGGAAGUGUUAAUGAUGUUUGGUGGCAAAGCUUUGAUUAUCCUAGUGAUACUUUAUUACCAGGGAUGAUACUUCAAACUAAUAGAAUCAGUGGAGCGCAUAACUCUUUGACAUCAUGGAAAAACACAGGUGAUCCUGGAACAGAUUAUGCUGAUGGCUGUGUUAGGAAGGUGAAAUUGGAUUGUGACGAUAGAGACAGAUUUGUUAAGUAUACAAAGAAGAAGUUGCCAGAUACGUCUUCGUCAUGGUUUGACGAGAAAAUGAAUCUUAUGGAGUGUGAGAAACAAUGCCGGAAAAACUGUACUUGUAUAGCUUAUGCGAGUUUAAAUAUUGAAAAUGGUGGAAGUGGAUGCAUCAUUUGGUUCAAUAAUAUCAUUGAUAUGAAGACAGAAAUCUCUGUUGGGCAAGAGAUUUACAUAAGAAUGGCUGCUUCAGAAUUAGGUAGUUCAACUAAUAACACAAAGAAGAAAAUGUUACUAGUUAUUUUAAUAGGAAUUGGAGCCCUCUUCUUUAGUAUUACAACAAUUGGAUAUGUCAUCUUUCUAAAGAGGAAAAAACUUCAGAAGUCAGGUAGGGAUACAACAAUUAACCAUCAAGAUAACAUGAAUUAUGAGAUGGAGAGCAUUGACAUAUUAACUUUUGAUUUUUCUACCAUAACUAAUGCUACCGAUCACUUCUCCCGCGUUUACAAACUUGGAGAAGGUGGAUAUGGACCUGUUUACAAGGGUGUACUAGCAAAUGGUAGAGAGAUUGCUGUCAAGCGGCUUUCGAUUAAAUCUGCACAAGGGUCACAGGAAUUUCAAAAUGAAGUUCUAUUGAUUGCAAAUCUUCAGCAUAGAAAUCUUGUGAAACUCAUUGGUUGCUGUAUUCAUAAUGAUGAAAGAAUAUUGAUUUAUGAAUACAUGCCUAACAGAAGUUUGGACAACUUUAUUUUUGAUCAAACUAAAAGUCAAGUAUUGAAUUGGAAUGCACGUUUUCAUAUUAUAAGCGGGAUUGCACGAGGACUUCUGUAUCUUCACCAAGACUCUAGAGUAAGGAUCAUCCAUAGAGAUCUAAAAACCAGUAAUAUUCUUCUUGAUAAUGAUAUGAACCCAAAAAUAUCAGACUUUGGACUCGCUAGAGCUUUUGGUGGAGAUCGUGCUGAGGCCAAUACAGUAAGAAUAGUAGGAACUCAUGGUUACAUGCCUCCAGAGUAUGCUGUAUAUGGAUAUUUUUCAGUGAAGUCUGAUGUCUUCAGUUUCGGUGUUAUUGUUAUGGAAAUAAUCAGUGGGAGGAAGAGCAGAGAUUUUUUUAACCCACAACAUAAUCUUAACCUCAUUGGACAUGCAUGGAGACUUUGGAGUGAGGAUAAACAAUUGGAGAUGAUAGAUGAGUCCCUUAAAGAUUCAGUUGUUAUGGAUGAGGCAUUAAAAUGUAUUCAAAUAGGACUCUUGUGUGUGCAAGAUAGAGCAAAUGAUAGGCCUGAAAUGUCAUCUGUUGUUCUAAUGUUGAAUGGGGAGAGAGCAUUGCCUAGUCCAAGGAAGCCCGGGUUUUAUCCACAUGAAAUUGUCUCUACCUUAAACAAAGAAGAAUUUUCAUCAACAAAUGAAAUUUCCAUUUCAAUUUUACAUCCAAGAUGA